AUUCUAAUCACUGAGUUCCUCAAGUGCAAGUCCUUCAGGUCCAACGAAUUUCGUUUUGUUAGUUGGCAUGUUGGUUGAACGUGAUGAUGCUGUCUUUUCUCUAAGUGCGUCUAUGUCGUUGAUUGCAGCAUCGUCAGCCCAUUGUAAUACCAAGUGACGACCAAGCAAAUGUGUAUGUUUCAAACUCUCAUAUGCAAUCUCAGCAUCCCUUCUAGUAACAAAGUCCAAGAAAGCGAAACCACGUGUCUUCCUGUCGAAUUUGCGUGGUAAUCUUACAGAUUUCAGUUGACCAUGCAUACCGAACAACUCCCUGAUAUCCUUCUUUGAAGCCUCGAACGGCACGUUCUUGACCAACAUCUUUGUAGUCUUCGUUUGACCCAUUGCAGCACCAGGUUCGGAGUCUUUGCCACGUUGAGCGAAUUUAACUUGUAGAGAAUGACCAUCAAGGACAUACUUUUGCAUACUUGCCAGUGCAUCCUUUGCAUGCUCUUCAUUAUCAAAACCGACGAAUCCAUAUCCCAUGCUGAGUCGGUUCGCGGCACUCUUUGGAUCAGGCUUCGUUUGGAUUCUAGCAUAUCUGUAUCCCGAAAGGGAAGAGAAAAUUGAUGCCAAUUUUGCUUCUGGGGUGCUGAAAGCGAUAUUCUUGAUGAACAAUGUACUGGCUGCUUCCUCCUCUCCAGCAGCGACCUUGUCAGUUGGAGUCUCCUUGUCAACAACCUCAACUGGUUUAGGUCCACCUGCUGCAAUUGCGCCAGAUGGUGCAUCUUUAGCCCACAUUCCAUUUGGUGCUUUUUCGAGAUAGAGUACAGAGUUUCCUACUCUUUUAUAUGCUAGUUUUUUAAAUGCUGUGCGAGCAUCGUUGGGGAGCAAGUACUCGAUAAUGGCGAUAGUGCCAGCUGGCGGAAGAAGUAAUCUGCUGAUCUCACCACAUGGCCUGAACAUUUCAUCAAGAUCAUCGACACUCGUACCGAAUGGAAUAUUCUUAAUGAGCAAUGUGUUCUCCAAUCUAGGACCUCUGUUUUCUGGUGAAAAUGCAUCUAGAUUGACACCUUGCUCUUUCAAAAAUCCUUUAGUCUCGUUGAUGACAUGAGUCUCAGCCAAGGCUACCUUGACGGCAGGAUUAGAUGAAGAAUCUGAGCUGAGUAUCUCUGCUUUCUCAACGUUGAGUCUGGCUGCAAGGGAGCUGACAACUGCGUCUGCAUUCAUAUAUAAACCAGACCAACUAAACUCUCUACUUUCGGCACCUUCUUUUCUGUCCUUGUUACGAAGCUUUUUGAAGCUUGCUUUCGAUAGAUCCUGUGGUGGACGCUUGUUUACGGCUGGCAAAACAUGCAACAAUCUUCCUUGGAAGAUGGAACCAUCAGCCGCCCUGAAUGCGGCGACUGCAGCAUUUGGUGACGCGAAAGAUAUAUAAGCAACUCCCAUAGGUGUCUUAGAGUCGUUGCUGAGAGGUACAUGUGCUUGGUUGACGACACCAUACUUAGAGAAUUCAGUUUUAAGAUCAUCCUCUGUACAGCUGAAUGGUAAAUUACGGAGGAAAAUACGGGCAGUUUCCAUGACUUGGUCGAUAACCUCGGCUUGUUUACGCGCUUCAGCAUCCUGGGUCGUCUCUUGUGGAGUUUCUUCUUUAGGCGCCUCAUCAGUUUCUUCUGGAAUGUGGCGUCUCUUCAUUUUUGCGCGCAUGUACUCCAAAUCCGACAUUUCAGUAUUGUCAUCACCACCUUCUUGCUCAGAAUCUGAGUUUUUGGUUGCUUUGUUUUUUGCCUUCUGCAUCUCAAUGGCUUUCAGGUGAACUGGUUUGAGUACUUUUACUCUCUUGUUUGAUUCUUCCUCCUCGCUGUCAGAUUCUUUGCCUUCUUUUCUCCUGCGUUUGGCUUUAAGAGCUUUUCCAUCUUGGAGCUGCUCUUGUAUAGAUUUGUUAUCCUCUACGAUUUCAAUUUCUAGCUUAGAAGUCCCCCAGUAGGUUUUGUUGAAGAAAUGCAAAGCUUCUUUGGCUUCUUCUGGGGAUUUGAAACCAACGAAACCGAAACCACGAGAUUUGCCUUUACUUGUACCGACAGCUGUGCCUUUCUUGAAAACGACUUUAGCGUCUGUGAUGGUAGCACCCCUGCUACCAAAGUGCGUUCUUAAUGCGUUGUUAUCUGCAGUCGUUGGUAAACCUUUGACGAUCAGACGUGACAUCUUGGUUGUUAUAACGAAAGCUGCUUAUCAACCAUCACAAUGGAUUUCAGCACACCAAUAUUAAAUAUGCUAAUGAAUUCUAGAAGAUCGCACUACGAUCCUAUAGAUGAUCAAGAGCAAGAUAUUCAAGAAACCGUCGAACUCAACCCACGCCAUACAGACGAUGACGACGGCCCACCAGCAAGUAUUUUGGUAGAAGGCGAACAGCGAAAUAGCCUAGACGAUAAUCCCCCUAUAAAAUACACCCAUAGUCAGCAAGAUACCCCUUUACCUCUCCAUCAGCAUAGGCCAGUUAGCAGGGGUAUGUCUCCUUAUCAGCUCGCUAUGUGGAAAUGGGUGAACGUGCAAAAUCUCGAUAAGUUCUUACAGGAUGCUUAUAGUUACUACCUCAACAAAGGUAUUUAUUGCAUAGUUUUAACGAAAGCUUUGAAUCUAGCUACCGUUGGUUUCGUUUUCUUAUUCUCAACUUUCUUAUUUGGUUGCAUUGACUACUCUGCUAUCAGCCACGAUGGCAGUCUCUCAGAUAUUGUUAUCCCACACUGCGCAUCUAGUUUCUCCUUUAUCACUUGGAUUUGGCUUCUCGCAUUCGGUAUUUUCUAUAUAUAUCAAGUCCUCACUUUUAUCCUGUCACUCAAACCGUUGGUGGAUAUGUACAGAUUCUACACUCAUAUCCUGCGCAUACCUAAUACUGACGUCAAAACAAUCUCAUGGGAGGAAAUCGUCUCUAGGAUAUCACAUAUAAGGCAGUCAAAUCCACUCACAGCGAUAUCAAGUGUUGGCGUCUCACAUGGCCCUGUCGCGAAGUUAGACGUCCUGGACGUCGCGAACAGGAUUAUGCGCCAGGAGAACUACCUAAUAGCACUUUUCAACAAGGACCUACUCAACCUUGAUCUACCAAUACGUAAUAAAUUGCUGAAGAAAGUGCUCAGUUUUGCAACAUCGAAUGGUCUCACCAAGACGCUUGAAUGGAAUCUCUCAUUUGCCUUAUUAGGACAUGUAUUCGAUGAGAAGGGACAGGUCAAAGCACAUAUAUUGCAGUCUUCAUCACGUGGUCGCAAUGUACAAGAACUCAGAAAGCGUUUUGCUAUAUUAGCAUUCGUUAAUGCAUUGCUAGCCCCUAUUCUUGUUAUAUUCCUACUCUUCUACUCUUUCUUCAGGUACUUUGAGGAAUAUCACAAGAAUCCGUCAUCCAUUGGUUCAAGGAGCUAUACUGAGUUGGCACAGUGGAAAUUCAGAGAGUUUAAUGAGCUCCAGCAUCUAUUUCAAAAGCGUCUCAGUUUAUCAUACGACGAUGCCCAGAAGUAUAUCGUUCAAUUUCCUAACUCAGAAAUUGCAAUUAUUGCACGCUUUGUGGCCUUCGUUGCUGGUUCCUUUGCUGCUGUCUUUAUAUUAGCUUCCGUGAUUGAUCCAGACAUGUUCUUACACUUCGAAAUAACUCCUCAACGGACUACUGUAUUCUAUAUUGGUGUCUUUGGUACAAUCCUUGCUGUUGCUAGAGGUAUGAUACCAGCUGACAACGAAGUCAACGAUCCAGAGAGGUUGUUGAGACGCGCUUGUGCAUUUACGCACCAUCUUCCAAAGGAAUGGGAAGGACAGAUGCAUUCAAAGAAAGUGCAUGCUGAGUUUUCAAGGCUAUUUGAAUUAAAAAUCGCCAUCUUCCUCCAGGAGAUUCUCUCAGUGUUGUUCACACCGAUUAUCCUCUACUACUCGCUUCCAAAAUCGUCACCGGCUAUUAUCGACUUCAUCUCCCAAUCUACUGUUCACGUUGACCAGCUAGGGUAUAUAUGCUCAUUCGCCCAUUUCGAUUUCCUCAGACAUGGUAAUAAAAGGUUUGGCGCACCUAAGGAUGCUCAAAACGUCAAACUCAUGAGCGAGGAUGGUAAACUCGAGAAGAGUGUUUUGAAUUUCAAGGCAGCGAACCCUAAGUGGAUGCCGAACGAUCAAGCAGGAUCUAUAUUUGUCAACAAGAUGUCAGAAUCUAUUAUGCCAUCUAAACGCACUAUGAAAUCACCAGAAAUGGGUUUAGGGGAGGUUUACGAAGAUGAGCGCGAAUGGGAUAAUAACGAACGCAGAGAGAGUGAUCAAGGUGUCCUAAAAAUGUUUCAACAGUUUUCUUUUAGCCGCACUCGAACAAAUAAUUUCCCUCGACCAUUUUAGUAUUGUAUUUAUCAUGUACUUU